AUGGAGUGUCCGUUGAUGCCGUCUGUCCUGGCAAGAAAGCUGUUGAUAUCUGUCGCACAGCCAUUCAUCAACUUUCUCCUGCUCACCAGCCUCAUUACAUCACUUGAGCACUGUCAAUUGACUUAUUCUGAAUCACGUGGUCACAAUUUUGCACUCAAUGCAACAUUUGAUGACAUUGAAUUUAACAAAUAUGAUGGAUUAAUAAUACCAGGAGGACGGGCACCUGAAUAUCUUGCUGUGGAUGCGUCGGUUUUAGAAUUGGUGAGAAAGUUUUCUGACUCCUGA